CCCGUGACCGCGUCAGCAAAUAUUUUGUAAUACAUACUCCGAUUCUACAUGGCGGAUGACAAAACGGUAUGGGAAGAACUCUCAAAAAUCGAUGCCGAUCCCCCGAAAAUGCGUGAUAAGUGUGUACAAUGCAGGAGACCUGUCCCAGUUUGCUGGUGCCUGGGAUUACCAAACACACGGUUAUCUCCAAACUCAAGACUGAUAAUACUUCAGCAUCCUGCAGAAGUAAAACGUUGCCUCAGAACUGCACCAAUGUUGACGUUCGCUUUAGAACCAGGAAAAUGUUUAACAUUCAGGGGUAAAAAAUUUCCACUUCCUCAUCAUGAAGGAUUGGCAGAUAUUUUGAAAGAUCCAAAUACAGUCAUGCUCUACCCAACUAAUAACUCUGUGGCACUCGACACGCUGGAUCCUGUAGGAAUCAAUGGUCAAAAACCUUACAAUCUGGUUAUACUUGACGGAACAUGGCCACAAGCUAAGGCAAUGUUCCAUAACAGUCCAAUGCUUUGCUCUAUACGCUCCUGCAAACUUGUUGGGUUACCCACCAGUGAAUACGUAAUACGAACUCAACCAACCGAAGGAUGCUUAUCCACAUUGGAAACGGGGACCUUUGCACUUUCUAUUUUAGAGGGAAACUCCCAGCUGAAGGAUGAACUCCUACGUCCACUUCAAUACCUGUGCCGAUUUCAACUACAGAACGGAGCUGUAACACAUCAAAGCAAAGAGUGGAGAAUAAAACAAAAUACAUAUCCUAAGCUGAUUGGAAAGAGGCUAGCUAAACAAUUACGUGUUCUACCUGAAGUUAGUUAGUUAGCUUAGGUUAAGUUAUUUAGGUCAGGUUCAGUUUGAACAUGUGCCUCGAGAGAAUAAAAAUUAUCACGAU